AAGAUGCCCAGAGAGAUUAUUCUGCUUUACUGCCAGUACUCAAGACUGAAAUGAGGGAGAGGGGGGGAUUCGCUGUGAACACAACUCCCAGCCAUAAAACUGGCUCAUAAACCUCAUCAGGCUGCAUGCAGAGAGAGCUGAGAUAAARUCCGUCCAAUCAAUAAGAUAAGAUAAGUUGGUGAAACUUUGUUCAGAAGUUGUUGCACUUGGAGAUCAGGGGUGUGAUCACGUAAAGAGUUCCAGCUGAAGGACGGGGUCAGGUUAGACCUGCCAAAGCCUUCGCCGUCAUGCUGUGGACCASGGGUCUCUGCCUCCUCUGGGCCUCCUCCGUCCUCGGAGCUCCGGUGAGCAAAGAGAGGCAGAAGCUGUUGCUCAUUUCCUUCGACGGUUUCCGGUGGGACUACGACCGCGACGUGGACACGCCAAACCUUGACCAAAUGGCCAAGGAUGGAGUCAAAGCCCAAUAUGUUACGCCUCCGUACCUCACCAUCACCAGUCCAUCACACUUCACCCUCCUGACAGGGCGCUACAUCGAGAACCACGGGGUAAUCCACAACAUGUGGUUCAACACAACCACCUCUGCGAAGAAGCCCUACUACCAGACCCAGUUUGUGAAUGAGUGGUGGGACAAUGGCUCCCUGCCUAUCUGGAUCACGGCGCAGAGACAGGGUCUGAAAGCUGGCUCUCUUCACUUCCCUGGCACGGCUUCCAGUUACCAGGGACAGGUUGCCAUGUUGCGCGAAGUGGAGCCGCUGCUUUACAACUACAAGAACGAGACCGCUUGGCGAGAGAACACGGACAAGGUGAUGGGCUGGUUCAGGGAUCAGGAUCUGGACUUCGUGUCCCUGUACUUCGGCGAGCCAGAUGGCGUGGGCCACAAAUACGGGCCGGACUCACCUGAGCGCAGAGACAUGGUGAGGCAGGUGGACAGAACGGUGGGCUACAUUCGGCAGUCCGCUCAGCGCCACGGGCUGAGCGACCGACUCAACAUCAUCAUGACGGCGGACCACGGCAUGAGCACCGUGUUCCGGAACGGCAUGGUGGACGAGAUCAUCCUGAGGAAGAUCCCGGGCUUUUCGUUCAGCGACCUGUCCUUCCACCUGGUGGACUACGGCCCCGCUGGGAUGCUGCUGCCUAAGCCCGGGAAGCUGGAGGCGGUUUACCAAACCUUGAAGGGGGCUCACCCUCACCUGCACGUGUACAAGAAGGAAGAGAUGCCAGAGCACCUGCACUACGCUAACAACGACCGCAUCCUGCCCAUCAUUUUAUGGGCCGACCCUGGAUAYGUUAUCAACGGGUAUUUCCCGGUUCAGUUCAACAAGGGAGAGCAUGGCUACGACAACCAGGAGAUGGACAUGAAGCCGUUCUUCAGGGCUGUGGGGCCGGCUUUCCACAGGAACCUGGAGGUGGGGCCUUUUGAGACGGUGAACGUGUACCCUCUGAUGUGUCACCUCCUGGGGAUCCAGCCCGAGGCCAACGACGGACACCUGGACGCCACCAAACACAUGCUGCUUACGAGCGUUAGGACUGGUGAAAGUGUCAACUUCCUGAGAAACACCUUCACUGGGUUUGCUGCUGUAGCCGGCUUUCUUCUUGUAGUUUUCAUUUUCACCGUUUCACAUAAAUUACUGAAGAGGAAACGCAAGAAUGAAAGUUCCAGAUCAGAAAGCUUCAACGAUGCUCCAGAAAAAGAGACGAAACAAACGUCACUUUGAUCGUCACGGUUUGGAUCAUCCUUCUGGAAUAAAACAACUAAAAUGUGUAAAAAUUAUUACCAAAGGAGAGGAAAUUUAUUAUUUAAAGCAGCUUUUUAGUUUAAUUUGACGUAUAAACUGUAAGCGAACAAAGGUUUUGAUAACAAACUUCAAUUAAAAUCUUUGGAAAAGUUAUCUUUAUAUUUGCUUUAAGCCAUAAUUUAUUAGUUGCGUGUUUGGGUUGAAAUAUGUCAAUAAAUUAUAUUUGUGUUAAUUUUUUUUCUUGCAACAAAAACGAUAAAAGCUGGUUUUCAAAACUGUUAGAACUGUUCCUUCUUAUGCUAUUUUUACAAUUUAUAUUUAGCAAUAAAUAAACUAUUAUUAUUAUUAUUAUUACUAUUAUUAUUAUUAAAACUCAUUGAUAAGACUGAAUUAGAAAAAGGCUGCGCGUGAGCAACGUGCACUUGAAUCAUGUUUUGACUACGGGAGCCCCCGAGUGUCAUAUUUCAGCACGCGCUGCUUGUGUCGGGUGUCAAGUUACACAAGUGGGAGCAAAACUUCCGGUUAAGAUUUUCAAAAUUAAACUAUUCUCAUGACCAACA